GGCCUGGCCGCCGAGCAGCUUCGUGGACAUGGUGGACAACUUGCGGGGCAAGUCCGGCCAGGGCUACUACGUGGAGAUGACGGUGGGCAGCCCGCCCCAGAAGCUGAAUAUUCUGGUGGAUACGGGGAGCAGUAACUUCGCUGUGGGCGCGGCCCCUCACCCUUUCCUGAGGCGGUACUAUCAGCACCAGCUCUCCAGCACCUACCGGGACCUGCGAAAGGGGGUCUACGUGCCCUACACGCAAGGGAAGUGGGAGGGAGAGCUCGGCACUGACCUGGUCACCAUCCCACACGGCCCAAACGUCACGGUCCGUGCCAACAUCGCUGCCAUCACAGAGUCAGACAAGUUUUUCAUCAACGGCUCCAACUGGGAAGGGAUCCUGGGCUUAGCCUAUGCGGAGAUUGCCCGGCCAGAUGACAUGCUGGAGCCCUUUUUUGACUCCCUGGUGAAGCAGACGCAGGUGCCCAACGUCUUCUCACUGCAGCUGUGUGGGGCUGGUUUCCCACCCAAUAACUCUGAGGCCCUGGCCACUGUUGGGGGCAGCAUGAUCAUUGGGGGGAUCGACCCGUCUCUGUACACGGGCAGUGUCUGGUACACGCCCGUGCGGAAGGAGUGGUACUAUGAGGUGGUCAUUGUGAAGAUGGAAAUCAACGGGCAGGAUCUCCGGCUGGACUGCAAGGAGUACAACUAUGACAAGAGCAUCGUGGACAGCGGAACCACCAACCUCCGUCUCCCCAAGAAAGUCUUUGAGGCAGCUGUGAAAUCCAUCAAGACGGCCUCUGCGACAGAGAAGUUCCCGGACGGCUUCUGGCUUGGGGAGCAGCUGGUCUGCUGGCAGAUGGGCACCACCCCGUGGCACAUCUUCCCAGCCAUCUCCCUGUACCUGAAGGGCGAGACCACCAACCAGUCCUUCCGGAUCAGCAUUCUGCCCCAGCAAUACUUGCGGCCCGUGGAGGAUGUGGCCACCUCUCAGGACGAGUGCUACAAGUUCGCCAUCUCGCAGUCUUCCACGGGCACCGUCAUGGGCGCAGUCGUCAUGGAGGGUUUCUACGUCGUCUUUGACCGCGCCCGCAAGCGCGUCGGCUUUGCUGUCAGUACCUGCCACGUGCACGAUGAGUUCCGGACAGCCACGGUGGACGGGCCCUUCCUGCACCCCAACAUGGAGGACUGCGGGUACAACAUUCCCCAGACGGACGAGUCCACGCUUAUGACCAUCGCCUACGUCAUGGCCGCCAUCUGCGCCCUCUUCAUGCUGCCGCUCUGCCUCAUGGUGUCGCAGUGGCGCUGCCUGCGCUGCUUGCGCCGGGGCCACGACGACUUUGCGGACGACAUUUCCUUGCUCAAGUGAGCG